AUGGUAAAGGUUGAAUGGAAUGAGCAUUAUGGCAAGGAGGCUACAUGGGAAAAGGAAGAAGAAGUGAAAAUCCGUCAUCCGGAGCUACUUGUAGAGCAAGAUAUGGACAGGAGUUGGAUGUUAAUUUCUAACAAAUUCAGUCAGCCAUAUGUAGAUGGGGUGAACUCAUUUAUUGAAUUUGCAAAGGAGUAUGAUAUUGUGAAGGCUCAUUUGCUCAUAAGUGGGAUGAUAGUAUCAUACACCACUUGGUUAGAACAUGGUGAACUUCUAGAACACAAUAACCUUGAUGAAAGCAAUGGUGAAAAUGACGAGGAUCAAGAUGAAUAUGAUAACCUGAUAGAGGACUAUCAGAGGGGCAAUUUUGUGGAGGGUGAUACUCUAGAAAAACAGGAUGUACGAAAUUUUGAUAAAUUGUUACCUGCUUCCCAAUGCCGCUUGUACCCAAGUUACAAAAACUCAAAUACUCUGUUAGUAUUCGUUAUUCAGAUGCUACAUGUGAAGGUUGAAAAUAGGUGGAUCAAUAAGUCUUUUGGCAAGGUUAUGGAGAUACAAAGGUUAUUCCUACCAGAGGGCCAUGUGGUGCCAAGGUCAAUUUAUGAGUGCAAGAAGUUACUACAUGACUUGGGCUUAGGAUACGAGCUCAUCUAUGCAUGUAAACAUGAUUGUGUACUAUUCUGGAAGGAGAAUGCUACAUUGGAAAAAUGUUCCACAUGUCAAGCAUCUAGGUAUAGAGUAAAUGAUAGCAAGGGUAAGAAGAUCCCUCACGAGAUAUUGCGUUACUUCUCAUUGACACCUAGGUUGAGAAGAUUGCACAUGUCUAGGAAGACGGCUAAAGACAUGAGAUGGCAUAAUGAUAAGCGUGUUGACGAUGGUGUAGGGAGGUAUCCGGCUGAUUGUAAAGAGUGGAAGGAAUUUGAUUUGCAUUAUCCACAGUUUUCCCAAGAGACUCGCAAUGUUAGAUUGGACCUAGCCACUGAUGGGUUCAACCCUUUUGGGAACAUGAGCACUUCUUAUAGCAUGUGGCCUGUCAUACACAUGCCUUAUAACCUCCCACCUUGGAGAUGUACGAGGGCCCCAUUUUGCAUGAUGUCCUUACUUAUUCCUGGACGUAAUCAACUAGGGACUGAUAUUGAUGUCUACCUAAGGCCAUUGAUUGAUGACUUGAAGGAGUUGUGGGAGAAUGGCGUGAUGACUUACGAUGCCUCCACUGAACAGGCCUUCCGUAUUAAGAUCGGAUGGGUGGGUCAUCGAGCUUACUUGCCUGAUAACCAUCGUUGGAGGAAGGAUAAGAAGUUUGAUGGUUUAACUAAGCUUAGGAAGAAAUCCUUAGAUUUACCGGUGGAAAAAGUAAUGGCUCAAUUGGAUCAAUUGCGAGAAGUCAAGUUUGGAAAGGAUCCUACCAACAAGAAAAGGCCACGAGAGUCUGAAGAAUUGAAUUGGACAAAGAAAAGCAUAAUGUGGGAGCUAACAUAUUGGAAUAAACUAAAGCUCCAACACAAUCUUGAUGUCAUGCACAUUGAGAAGAACAUUUGUGAAAACUUUUAUGGGACGAUACUGGCCAUAGAUCAGAAAAAACAAGGACACGUACAAAGCAGGUGA